CAUCCCGCUCUAUUUCUCCGCCGCUACGACAGCGAUGGCAGCACGACUGAGGCCAAUUGCAGGCGCGCAACGCUCCUGCACAGACUGAGGCAGAGCAUUGGUACAUGCGGGACGACAUGUUUCCGCUGAAGUUUCCGCUGGGCUUCGUACUACCUAUAAUGUGUCACUAAAGCCGCCGUGGCCGUGUUUGAUCUUUACUGGCCUUUUUCUCUACUGGUCUGGUGUUGUAGAUAAUUUCAUACAGCAUGGCUCUCCUCAACGUUAUCGGUUGCGUAGUCAGGUCGCCUACAUUGUUGCUUCUCUCCUCAGCGGUACUCGUUUUGGUCUUCGUCAUCGUACAUACGUUCUUCAUUCGCAGACUACCAGCAAAUGCGCCACAUGCUGCCGGCGACAACUACCCGGUAACAGGACCCUGGGGCUUCUGGACAGAGCGCUGGGACUGGUAUCGCCGGCGACGCGAUCAAUCGAAGACAGGCAACUUCUCCUUCCAUGCAGGACCGAACACCAUCGUGGCAUUGACUGGGGAGGAGGGACGCAAGCUGUUCUUCGAGUCGCGCGAACUGGGCUUUACGGAGGGCUAUGCGGUGCUGUUUGGCGUAGCACCUCCGACAGAAAAGUACGACACCGAAAAGCGCGCAGAAGAAGACAUCACAAAUCAUUUCGGCCGCCGUCUGGCUGCGCUUCUCAAGAACGACCAAUUUCGCCGCAAGCUCUCGACGCUCACCUCCGAUACGCAAGAGGCCAUCGAAGCCAUCAAGAACGAUCCAAGUGGUCGUACCAAUCCUUUCGAUAGCGUUUUUAGGCUCGUCUUUCGCCUUACAAUGAGGAUAGUUGGCGCCCACGAGAUUGCCGAUAACGCAGAAUUGUUAGAAGAGACGCUGAACCUCUUCGAAUACAUCGAGGCCAGCACCACAGCCACGUCCAUUAUACUGCCCAAGUUCCCUUCGCCCGCCGUCUUGAAGCGCACAUACGCUGGAGCCCGCCUAUACAUGAUCGUCGAGAACAUUGUCAAGAAGCGCGCAGCGAGCACCGAGAAGGACGACGACGCACUACAGUACCUGCUGGACCAGGGCGAUAGGACGCACAAGAUCGUUGAGUUCAUCGUCGGUGCGCUGUUCGCAGGUCUGCUCAACAGUGGCAUCAAUGCUUCGUGGGUCCUGUGCUACCUCGCUACCUCACCCGAAUGGCUCGCCAAAGCCCGCGACGAAAUACGUGAUGUUGCAGCCAAACAUGCACGAGACUCCACUGCGCCGUUGCGCUACCAGCUCGACGAUGUGCCACUCGAGGCUUGGGAGGCGGACUUCCCCAUCGUUGACCUCUGCCUGAAAGACUCCAUCCGCCUCAACCUCCUCGGCACAGCGUUCCGCAAGAACAUUAGCGGUCGCGCCCUGCCCACCGGCAACGGCAUGGAGGUCAUCCCGCCCAACGCAGUGGUCACGUACGCCACCGCCGACGUCCACCAAGACCCCUCCAUCUACCCGAACCCCGAGGUCUGGGACCCUGCACGUUACCUUCCUGGCCGCGAAGAAGACAAGAAGGUCCCACAUGGUUGGCUGGGCUGGGGCGUUGCGAGACAUCCGUGCGCCGGUAUGCGCUUUGCGAAGCUCGAGCAGAACAUCAUCACGGCGUACUUUCUGGCGAGCUUUGACUUCAAUCUUGAGGAUGAGAGUGGAAAGAGGUUGAGUGUGCCGCCCAAGGUGGACCAGAAUGGGCAUUCGGCGUGUAAGCCGAAGGAUCCUCCAUACCUGAGGGUCAAUGUCCGGGAGAAGUAGGGGUAUGCUACAGGGUUGUAUAGAUAUUUGCCAUUUGCAUAGCUGGCGUUAAUUUCGCAUAUAGAGCGCAUGGUCUGGGUACAUAUACGCAUUGGAAGUUAGGUUAUUAGAUAUACCCUGUUCGGAAUCUAAG